AAUGGCGUUUCGCAGAACUGAGGGAAUGUCUAUUAUCCAGGCUCUGGCCAUGACGGUAGCGGAGAUACCCGUGUUUCUCUACACUACAUUUGGUCAGUCUGCCUUCUCUCAGCUACGGCUUUCCCCGGGCCUGCGGAAAGUGCUGUUUGCCACUGCUCUCGGGACAGUUGCUUUGGCCCUCGCCGCUCACCAGCUGAAGCGCCGGCGACGUCGGAAGAAACAGAUUGCCCCAGAGAAGUCGGGGGCAAAGGCUGGGAUGGUGCCGGUUCCCAUCUUGCCAACGAGAAGGGUCCCCUCCGUGAAGAAAGGGCACUCCAGCAGGCGAGUGCAGAGCCCCAGCAGCAAGAGCAACGACACGCUCAGCGGGAUUUCCUCCAUCGAGCCCAGCAAGCAUUCCAGCUCCUCCCACAGCCUGGCUUCGAUUGUGGCUGCGAACUCCUCCAGUCCCACACCAGCUUCCGCAGGACUCUGGGAGGGCCAAGUAGUGGAAGAUCCUGGAGCCGCAGGAGAUUCCAGUGCGGAAAACCUCUACUUCCAAGGGAUGGAACUGUUUGAAGAAGCACUGCAGAAGUGGGAGCAGGCCCUCACAGUCAAGCAGAGAGAUCCAGCCAGCCCUUCAGUCACUUGGGACAAUGUUAAAGAGCCAGAAUUGCUGCCGGAGGAGCUGCCAGAUGAAUCCCAGAAGAGGGAGUUUGCAGAAAAGCUUGAGUCUCUCUUGCACCGGGCUUAUCACCUCCAGGAAGAGUUUGGCUCCACGUUUCCUGCCGAUAGCAUGCUGCUGGACCUUGCACUGCUGGCAGCUCUGCUCUUUGAUUCGCUGCAGAUUGGAGAAAUACCUUUCCCACUCUCUAAGCCAGCUGCUGCCUAUGAAGAAGCUCUGCAGUUGGUGAAGGAAGGAAGGGUUUCAUGCAGGACGCUACGAACAGAGCUUUUAGGCUGCUACAAUGAUCACGACUUCCUGGCAAAACUCCACUGUGUCAGGCAAGCUUUUCAGGAACUUCUUCAGACUGAGAACCACCAGACAUUUUUUGGGGAGGUCGGCAAACGCAUGGUGAUGGGACUGAUGACCAAGGCCGAAAAGAACACCAAGGGUUUCAUGGAGACCUAUGAUGAAAUGCUGCGCUACACGCUGAGACAAGAAACUUGGCCGACUACUCAGAAGGAACUGGAAGGACGAGGGGUAGUCUGCAUGAGUUUCUUUGACAUUGUGCUGGACUUCAUCCUCAUGGAUGCCUUUGAGGACUUGGAGAACCCACCGUCUUCUGUGAUUGCUGUCUUGCGCAACCGUUGGCUCUCUGACAGCUUCAAAGAAACGGCCCUUGCGACUGCCUGCUGGUCUGUUCUAAAAGCAAAGCGGCGACUUCUGAUGGUUCAAGAUGGCUUCAUCUCUCAUUUCUACUCCGUAUCGGAGCAUGUCAGCCCUGUUCUUGCUUUUGGCUUUCUGGGGCCCAAGGAACAUCUGUCAGAAGUCUGCGGUUUUUUCAAGCACCAGAUCCUGCAGUAUUUGAAAGACAUGUUUGACCUGGACAUUGUGAGAUACACAUCAGUACAGCUACUUGCAGAAGACAUCCUCCAGCUCUCCCGGCGCCGGAGUGAAAUACUUCUGGGUUAUCUGGGUGUCGAGACUGCCCCAGAGAUUAAUGGGAGCUUGCCCAGUGACAUUGUACCCUUCGAGGAGUUCAAUUAA